GCUUCCGCGUGUUGGCUCGCACUCGCUCGAGCACCAACUGCCGGCAGGUUCCGGGAUCCGCCGCGCGCUCCGGUACCGCCCGCCGCCGCCGCCGCCGCCGCCGCCUCCUCCACACGACAGAAGAUGAUCCAUCUACUUUUGACGCUGCUGCUUUUAAUGCAAUUUGGAGACGUUUGCUCGCUGCGAAACAGUUCUCGCAAUGAUUCAUUCGUGGAUCCUGAAGCCUACAUGAAUAUUUAUCAACUUAUCACCUACCAUGGUUAUCCCAGUGAGGAGUACGAUGUGAUGACUUCUGAUGGUUAUAUCCUUUCUAUAAACAGAAUUCCCUAUGGAAGAAAUGGAACAAAGUCACCUGAAGGGCCUCGGUCGGUAGUAUUUCUUCAGCACGGUUUACUGGCGGCUGGGAGCAACUGGGUCACAAAUCAGCCCAACAACAGCCUGGGGUUUAUCCUCGCAGAUGCUGGCUACGAUGUUUGGAUCGGAAACAGUCGUGGAAAUACUUGGUCCAGAAAACACAAACGCAUUCCAGUUUAUAAGGAUGCAUUCUGGAGGUUCAGCUUUGAUGAAAUGGCCACCAAGGAUUUGCCAGCAGUAAUAGACUUCAUCCUCAAAAAGACAGAUCAAGAUCAACUGUACUAUGUUGGUCAUUCUCAGGGGACAACGAUUGGUUUCAUUGCCUUUUCUAAAAUGCCGGAGCUGGCAAAGAAGAUUAAAGUCUUUUUUGGACUGGCUCCCGUCACGACGGUUAAAUUUGCCACCAGCCCUUUGGUGAAACUCGCACGUCUCCCAGAGUUCGUGAUCCACGAAAUAUUCGGAAACCAGGAUUUCCUUCCGCAGACCAAGAUGAUAACGUGGCUUGCUACACGCGUGUGCAGUCGGUUCUUGAUCGAGGAGCUGUGCGGCAACAUAUACUUUUUAAUAAGCGGAUUUAAUACAAAGAAUCUUAACAUGAGCCGAAUACCAGUCUAUUCAGCCCACUGUCCAGCUGGAACGUCUGUGCAGAAUAUCGUCCACUGGAGCCAGAAUGCGAAAUCUGGACAUUUUCAGGCGUUUGAUUGGGGUACCGAAAAUAAAAACAUGGAUCACUAUAAUCAGACAGUACCGCCCGUGUACAACAUAAAAUACAUGAAUGUCCCCACUGCCAUCUGGACGGGAGGCCGCGACUGGCUAGCUGAUCCCAAGGACGUGAACAUGUUACUGGGCCAAGUGCCCAACCUUAUUUACCACAAGCAACUCUCAGACUGGGAGCAUCUGGAUUUCAUCUGGGGCAUGGAUGCCCCAAAGCGCCUGUACGUGGAAAUGAUUGAUCUGAUGAGAAAGUACGAGUGAGCUCGAAACCACUUUGAAAUGACUGGAGUCAAAAUGUACUCCAUUUUGUGUUUUGUAUAUUUUCCCUUUCCAGCUUCAUUACUAGGACCAUUGACGGUCCAAGAUAAUUUUUAAAAAGAGACUAUAUACCAGUUUUGUAAUUAAAGCUUUGGUAAGUUGAUGCCCCUGCCUGAGCCCUGUGUUUAAGUAAGAUAGCAAUGUGUGUCUUUGUACCAAACACCCUCACUCUGAUAACCUGCUAAAGGUUGUGGGGGAAAUUUUAGACUGUUGCUUGAUUCAUCAUGGUUAUUUUGGAGUGAUCCCAGUAAAAAUAUCUCUCAAUCACCAGCUUCAUUAAUGUCAAGACGGGGGUUAAAAAAAAAAUCUAUUUUUUUAAUUGAUUGUGUCAAAAAUUGCAAUGCAUCAAUAGAAUCGAGCUAAAUCUAUUGACUGAA